AUGGAGCUGGCAACGGAUCAGUACGGCAACUACGUUGUGCAACAUGUUAUGGAGCACAGCAGUCGACCUGGUGACCGGCAGCAGGUGAUGAAUAUUGUCCGCAAAAACAUUUUGUCACUCUCUUGCCACAAGUAUGCUAGCAACGUGAUUGAGAAGGCCUUGCAGUGCGCAACGCCAGAGGAAAGAUCGCACCUCGUGGAGGCAAUAACUGGCCAGCAGGGUGAUCCGCAUCCGCCACUUCUUGUCAUGAUGCGAGACAGGUUUGGCAACUACAUCGUUCAACGGGUAAUUGCACUGGCGCAAAGUCCACAGCGUGAUUUACUGUUCUGGAAACUUCGAGAGCACAUGCCGGUGCUCAAGAAGUCGAACACGUACGGAAAACACAUAAUCUCGGCGCUGGAACGGGCCCAGACAAGUCCAAAAGACUGA